CUGCGGAGAAUUAAUGUGCCUAGAAACCGCGCCUCCUCUGCGAGGUAGCCGCGCCCGGUGGUAGGCAUGGCCCAGGCGCCAGAAAACCAUGACCCCAUCGGAUCCAUCUUAAUCCAGGUCCAUGAAGACCUUUAUCAACUAAGGGAGAAAUUAACCAAUUUCCCUCCUGAGGAAAAACGUGAGACUCUAGACAUUCAGAAUCUUGAAACAGCCAUCAAAAGGACUGAAAUGGGGUUAAAAAUUCACAUUGAGAAGUAUUUAAAUGUUGUACACCAACACGUCUUAACAACCCCUAUUAAUGACAACUUAUCUUCUUCUCAUGCUUCCAAAUGGUUGUUUCCAGCUGUAAUUGAUCAGAAAUCAUUUAUUUUCCCUCUGGAGUCUGAGGUUAAACAUUGGCAACCCCAGAGACAGCAUGGUUCAUUUCCACAUGCCUUUCCAAGAGUAAAGCAAAAGAUAGGGUUGAAUGUGAAAAUCAUGCAGGAUCCUGAAAACAUCCACCACAGAGCUGCUGUAAAUGCGACCUAUGGAAUCAGUUUGCCAUAUAUCAAUCAGAGAAAAGCAUGUAAACAAUUACAGGGCACAGAGAAGGCUCAGAAGUUAAUAAAAGGAUCUACCAUAUCCAACCUCACAGUUCUGCCAGCAUCUCAUCGCACAAAUCCCUAUUUCACCCCCGUGCCAGUCUUAGAAGUGGAUGCCAGUAAAGGGAUUUUAAGUAUGAUAGAACGAGGACUGAUCCCACCAACAGCCAGAAUAACCUUUCAGAAUCCACCCAUUAUACCCAGAGCGGCUCCUCUGCAUAGUUUCGAUGAAGCCCGGAAGAUUACAACUACUGCCCCUUUUGCUGCACCCCAGAGACCACAGUUGAUCACAAAGGAAGUGAAGAAUCUCACUCUCGAGAGACAAAGAUCAAAGGGGAAAGGCAGAAGGGCAAGAGGAUAUCAUGAUAGAAAGGCCAUGAAAGUGACAACACCUGCUAAGGCUCUGAAAUCACCAUGGGAUUAUGACUUUUUUAUUCAUAAUGGCAUUGUAGACAAGACAGCGCCAGACUUCUUAGCAUUCAAGGAACAUUUCAGUUUGUCUUGGGGAAGUAUUUUUUCUCUCUUGGAACAUGUUGAGAAAUUUCUCAGGGACUAUGCAAUACCAGAAGUCAAAAUAAAAGGGAACAGUUUAGUAGCACUCCUUCCAGAGUUUGAGCUGAAGAAUAAACUUACCAGAUAUGACCUUCUCUCAGUGCUAGAGAACCCAGUUCACAUCCAAAUGAUGUUAAAUCUUCCGGGGCAAAGGUAUAAGGGCCAAAAUGGAAAGACAGAGGCUGCCAUGAAGAUCCAAGCCAUAUGGAAAUGCUACAAAGCAAGAAAAUUCUUCCUCACUUAUCGCCGGCAGAAGUGGGCAUCAGGUGUGAUUGCCAUUGCAUGGCUCUUAUAUUGCCAUAAGACCCGGCUGAGGAAGCUUCUAAAGGAAUCACGUGAAAGACACCUGGAGAAUUUCCGCAUUCGAGCCAAGCAUCUGGCAGCCAACUGGAAUCGCAUCAGGACCUCCAGGAGGACUAUUAUCCAUAUCCCAUCAUUAGGAUAUUCUCAGCCUGUGCGACAAAAUAUUGCCGACUUGAACACACUGCAGAACGUGCAGCUGGGGAGGCUGUGUGACAUCUUAGAUGCCAAUGUGAGCGUCAUCUACAUCUGCUCCCAUCAAAUGAGUGAUGAGUUACUACUGUAUUACAAUAAGAUCCUGAGUCUACAGGCAGCUGUCAAAUCAGGGAACCUUGAGAACAGAAGUGACCUGCAGGACAGGUUCAAAAUUAUCACCCCUGAAGCUAUAAACAUCUUCACUAUAAUAGAACAAGUGAGUCAGCUGGUUAUCGAUCACCUGAAAAUCCAACGCUGGCUCUUUAAAAUGGACUAUGAGUUUGGAGGAAAUGGGACUGCAUUUUGUGACAUCCCUUCCCACCUAAAGUGCUACAAGUGGGUCCUAAAGGAGAGUCACAGAUAUGGCCACGAAGACUGGAGCAAGAAAUGGGCACAAGAGCCAGCUUUGGUGAAGAUCUCCGAGGAGCUGGCGGGCAUUUUAGCACAGCACGCACAGCCAGUCAAUGAGAAACGGUUCUCGACAUGGAGGAAAUUCCUCCAAACAUUUCUCAGUCAAGGAGGCGUGAUUGAAGCAUACCCACCUACAGAGAGUGUCACCAAUGUGACAGUGGACAUGCUGAUAGAGCCCAAUGGAGAAAUCAGGCUGCUGUCAACAGGGGACCAGUUUCAUGCCGAAGGCCCCUUCAUCUCCUCUGGAACCACCAUGCCUCAGGCCUCAGUAGAUCCCCAAGUUCUCAGUUCUUUGUGCCUUCAAAUUGGAAAAGCCUGUAAAAUGAAAAAUGUGGUUGGUUACUUCUCCAUAGACCUGGUGACUUUUAUUGAUCCAAGCACCAUGGAGCAGCAGGUGUGGGCAACAGGCCUCAACAUCUCAUACAGUGACCAACUGGCCCUGACCCAGCUCACCUUAUACCUGACCAACGGCCACCUGGAUUGCAGUUUGGGCACCCUUGAAGUGCCCUGCUUUGUUCCCAAGAAAGAGAGGAAAAUAAGCCAUGUGAACCCCCAGGCAAUGCCGUCACUGGCAGCCAGUCGCUAUGCAGUGAUGAGCACCCAGCUGAGGCACAACAAUCUUUCACUGGUUUUCCAUUAUGUUUUUCUCCAGAUGUGUAAGGCCCAUGGCAUUGGCUAUGAUAUCAAGGAAAGACAAGGAACUGUCUUUAUAUUAUAUGAACACCUGAAGAGAGACAAGUUGGGAAUGUUAACAAUCGGUGAAGAUCUCCAGGGGGUCCUCAUGACCUUUGCUCGCAAUCUCUUCAUCAUCCAUCAAGAAAUAUCAGCACCUAAUAUGCAAGGCGAGACCAAUUUUAAGACCACUAUUGAUGACAUUGAAGCCAUUCUAGGAGUAACUGAGGAAAACAAAAUGAGAUUUGAAGAAAAUCUACAGUCCAAAGACGAUAAAAAAAAAAAAAAAACCUCUCUACACCUGAUAAAUGAAUGAUCCUGGAAUAUAUUGCUGAUUUUGGAUUUCAAUCUGGAGCCAUAAAAAAAAGGGCAACAUUUAUUUAGCUAUGAGGACCAAAAAGGGGGAAAAGUUAGUUUGCUUUGUUUGCUAGGAGGUAUAUUAGAACAGAUUAUAAUGUAAUGCUCUUUAAAAAAAUUGUUCAUUAAGUGAUCUUAUUUUACUUACUAAACCAAAAUCUAUUUGUGUUUUCAUGUAAGAGUACUGAAAAUCUCUUCCUCUUCCCAAACUUAGGAAGAAAUAAUCUUCAAGUUCUGAGUUUUACUAAUACCACUUCUGCAUCUACCUCUUUAAAAACUUCAGGAUUAAUGAGCUUUUUUUUAUGUUUUAUAAAGUCUUCUCCUCCUAUUUCUAAUAGUAAUUUGUCUUAUGCAUCUAAAAAAAUUGAAUAAAGGCUUAAUCAUCACUAUUUGGCAAAACACAAAUUUGGUUUUUUUCUUCCAAGAAAAUUCAUAUGGAUUUUUUACAUUACUCUUUAUCAUUCGCUAUAUUAUUAUUGUACCAAACCACUAUUGUUUGUUGUUGCCAUUUUUCAAAAACUAAGGUAAGCCAGCAUCUAGUUAACUGAAGCAUCAGAAUGUUAUCUAGGUGGCAGUAUCUGCUCUUAGUUUAAGAUAGAGUGUAACUCAGUCCCCUAGCUUGAAUAAAUAUUUGUAUUCUCUAGCUCUCCAUUUAAUGCAGCAGGAGGAUUUUUAUAAGCUCAAUUCAACAGUACCUUUCAAAGGGCAAAUUGUUAAAAUUAUGCAGUGUUGACACGAACUUUCAGGAUUUGCUUCGUAAUUGUUCAAAAUAUUUCUACAUCAUCCAGUUUUACUGGAAGGGUGAAAUAUGCAAGUCACAACACCAAAAUCACACAGCUGUUUUAAAGGAUAUCUUUAAAAAUAUCCAAGUGUGUUGGGGAAAAGUGGGGUAUUUAUUACCUAUGGAAUUUCAAUAAUGUGUUAACUAUGCCUCAGCCACAGGCAGAGUUUCUGCAAUAAAAUUAACAUUUGUGUGUGUGUGUAGCUUUUGUUUUGCUAUAGUUGGAAGUACAUUAAUUAGCCAGGUUUCCUGCCUGUGUUAGGUACAAUGAUGACCUCUUUUUCUUGCCAGAUAGCUCUAAUCCAUAUGAGGGGCCCAUUGUCCAGACACUUGACAGAUAGGAAGUACUACAUGCCCAUUAGAGUCUCGCCUCAAUUGAAGCCAGAGCAACAUAAGGUCCAAGAGACUCAUUAGUUCACUGGCACAAUCAUGUCCUGAGAGUAAAUGAAACCCUCUGUCUCCUUAUGGCUCUCAUCUGCUCUGGACUUUGAAAGAAAACUGUCUCUGUUUUGUUCAGCACAGCAGUGGAUCUUUCACAUGGUGAGAUCCCCUUCUUAACAGCACAAAACUGUUAAAUCUAUCAGAGAAGUUUUAUAUGUGAAUUCUGAUUAGCACUCUUGAGCCUCAAGCUGCUGGCAAUAGUAAAAUGAGUUCACUCCCUUGUACCUUUUUUUAAAAAACCCACAUGAUCGGUUUCUCAAACAAUGCACUUUCCUUCUUUGGGGCUAUCAUUAACACAUACCACAGAACGCUUGUUUCCAAAUUCAGGCCUUAUAUUCAGAUUCAGGUCUCACUAGAAGGAGAUUAGGAGUUAGGUUCUCUACCUAAAAAUCUAUGGCUUCAAAAUCAAAGGAGAAAAUUUGGUAUAAUAAAACAAUCACUUCAAGUAAUUAAGUGAAAGAAGCCAGAGGACCAGAUUAAAUUAGUGAAAUGUUUUAAUUACAGAACAUUUGAAAAGAAGCAUAGUCUAUUAUCUUUUAGCACAUAUAGAUAGCAAAGAUACUAUUAGUAAACUAAGGUUAAAUUUGAAAAAAUCAUGUAUAUGUGUACGGCCUAUCCUAAAUAUAAAUUAACCAACAUAAAUUACUGAGCUUUUACUAUUCUAAAUAGGAAACUAAAAUUGUCUUUGAUGAUUUUUUGAAAAUCAAGUACCAUUUUUCAGGAAGUUUUUGGGAGAAGCAUACAUUUAACAGUAGAGCCAUCUUUAUAGAAGAAAUGACCCAUUGUUUAAUACUGAAUGUUUACAAUGAUUUGAGAAGCAAAUUGUACUAAUCAUUUAGGAAUACAUUAUUGGAUGAUGGUAAGUAUCUCCCUUUACAUAUUGCCUAUUUUAUACUGAUUUUAAAGAAACCAAAUAAAUGAUAUUUAAUGGCAAGUUGCACUCAACAACUUACCUACCUUCCACUAUCUACUUACAUUUACAAUAAAAGUAUUGAAUGCUUAUUACUGAUUAGGUAGGUACUGUGCUAGAAACUUUUAUAGACAUUAUUUUAUCUUUCCAACAACACCAUGUGGGAAAAUACUACUACUGGCCUCAUUUUACAUAUAAGAAAACUGAGACUUAUUGAGGAUUUCUCACACCAUGUCUCAGGCUAAAUGGAAAGAAAUUUGGGGUUUAAACUCAUUUACCACAUUUUCCACUAGCAUCUUGUACAAAGCAGAAAGUUCAGGAGUUCCCAUUGUGGCGCAGCGGAAAUGAAUCCGACUAGGAACCAUGAGGUUGUGGGUUUGAUCCCUGGCCUUGCUCAGUGGGU